AUGACAUACGCUCAUCAAACCCUUCUUGGGUCCUACCACUGCCAACGUCUCCUUCGCCUACGUGACAUCUGGAGGAGGUGCGGGGUACGACGUAUGCCCCGUACUCCUCUUAGCAGCCGAGAUAACAGUCCUCGCCGACCAAGCCCCAUUGACGUCACCCCCGUGCACUGUAGAAGCCGUCGCCUACAAGGUCUGUCCCCGGAAAUGGCCAACAACCGGGAAGAACGCCCACAACCAUCGCCGGUCAUCUUCCAACGACCACGGGACCCCCCUUUUUUUCACGGGUUUCCGCAAGAAGAUGCCGACGACUGGCUGGAACAGUUCGAGCGGGUGGCUGCCUUUAACAGGUGGAGUGCUGAACAAAAACUCAACCAUGUGUUUUUCGCGCUAGAAGACUGGGCAAGGACGUGGUUUGAGAACCAGGAACGCCUACUGAUAACGUGGGACUCGUUCACGGCUCGCUUUCUACAAUCAUUUUCCACGGUCCUACGAAAAAAGCGAGCCGAGCUGCUGCUCCAAACACGUCUUCAGCACCCCAACGAGACAGUGGUGGUCUUUGUUGAAGAAAUGAAACGUUUGUUCCGGCGCGCCGACCCCGACAUGACCGAAGACAAAAAGCUCCGGAUCCUUAUAAGGGGAGUGAAAGAACAGCUCUUCGCCGGAGUAGUACGCAACCCUCCAAAGACUAUUGCGGAGUUUUUCGCCGAAGCCUCAACCAUUGAGCGGACCCUAAUUGACAUGCGAACGAGGCAGUACGACCGACAGGUGCCAGCGAUUUCCGCCAACUACGGCGAAACCCGUGGAGUUGACGCCCAGACGUUGCGGGACACCGUUCGAAUCGUCGUGCGCGAAGAGCUGCGGAAGCUAUUUCCAACGACGCAGCAACCUCAAGUCUCAUCAUUGCCCGAGGUCAUACGAGAAGAACUGCAGCAGGAAAUCUGGCGCACGCCUGAUCACCGCCCUCUCUGCUUUCACUGUGGAAAAGCCGGUCACGUAUACCGCUUCUGCCCAUACCGCCGACUUGGACUUCGAGGUUUUUCUGGUGACGCUCCACGACCCCGGGUUGGAGAGCGACCACAAGAAAUCCAACACUAU